UGUGAAGAAGACUGGGGUGUGGUGUGGUGGAAUGGCAUGGGGCAACUCCUCCUCAAUGGAAGGAGCCCAUACAGUUUUGACAAUGCUAUUGAUCUCUUCAAGAAAUUGCAGUUUGGCCACAUUGGCAAAGAUUGCAAGAGGUAUAUGUUUUCAAAUAUAAUGCACAUAAAUAAACCACUCACCCACUCCCACUGA